UUACUCACCACUCUUAAAUCACAAAUAGCAAACCCCGUGCCUACUCCCCUCACCAUGGCCGACGAGGAAGUCGACUGGGGAAUGGAGGACGAGGCCUACGCCGGGUAUGCGGACGACGACUGCCUCAGCUUAGGUGGCGACGACGAGUAUGCUGCAGAUGAUCGGCGCCAGCCCGAGGCGCUACCCAACGCGGGCGCAGAAGACGGCGAACCGCUCCCAGAUGGCUGGCAGAGAGUCAUGUCCGUGUCGCAGGGCAAGUACUUUUACCACCACGUCGAAUCGGGGCGCACAUCAUGGGACAAUCCUUCACUCGAGGCCAAACCAGCGGACAAGGUCAAGGAGGAGGUUGCAGGAUCUGACAAUGGGGCCAAGGUGGGCGCGUCCGAGACGUCGAAGCGUUCGACGCCUCCCACUGGACCGAGAGAGGACCGCCAGCCGAGCAACGGGCGAGACGAUCGACCGGCAGUGAACGGGGAGCGCCGAGACCACGACAGGCAGUCGUCACAGCCUCGGCAGGCAUCGACGCUGCCUCCUCGCCCGGCGGCCGCGUUGCCGCCUCGUGAGCGGGAUGAGCGGCCAAGGUCGAGCGCACCCGACUUUCGACACCCCGACCGCCUCCCAAGGAGCCGCUCGCCCCCACGGCGCCCACCUCCCGGACCCCAGGGCCGUGGUGACAGCUUCCGAGGUGAACGCCUUCCUGACCGCUGGCCGCGCCGUGAUGACCGACCGCCAACAACUGCAGCUCCGCGUGAUCGUGAGCCUAGCGGCCCUGGCCCACAGGCCCGCCCAAGGAGCCGCUCACCACCGAGGCGUCCGCUGCCUGCUAGUGGAGCGGACCACCGGGGUGACCGCUUCCGCCCUGAUAGCAGAGACCGCCUCGAACAGCGCGAUCGUUUCGACCACCGAGACCGUGAACCGCGACGUGACGACCGGCCUCCGGCAGGGCCACCACCCCGACGUGAUGAUCGGCCAGCAGUAUCGGCACCACCGCCUCGACACGACGACCGCCCAGCGCCGCAGGCACCGCAUCCUCGCCCCGACGAGCGGGCUCCCUCAGCAUCAGCGCCUUCGUCCUCUGCUGCAGCAACGCCAGCACGGUCGCAUCGCGAGCGCGAUGACAGGCAGUCCGUUCCAGACAUGCGCCACCCCGACCGCAGGGGAAGGAGUCGAUCACCUCCCAGGAGGCCAUUAACAGGCGCCGGUGCUCUCGACCAGCGCGGAGACCGCGCCCGUUCGGACGAUUUCAAAUGUACGUUUCCGUCUCCUCCGCUCGACGCGCGCGCACCAGACCGUGCUGAACCGCAUUCUCAGCCCAAGUAUGGACCUGGUGCUCCUCGUGCGAAUGGUGUGGAGAGCUCGUCGAGCGGUCCGUCCAAUGCGCCAGGUCCUGCUUACGGUCCGAACGCCGCCCGCCACUCUGCACCAGCUGGACCAUCUCGCUCAGACCCGAGGGACGACCGCCGACGUGACCCGCCGCCACACACGCGAGUAGAACUGAGAGAAGAUCGCCGUGGGCCGCGCGAUCUCCCGCCGCGGCCCCAACAAGACGCGCGAGACGACCGCCGUCCGCGCGAUGCGCCGCCCCAUGUGCGCAGCGAUGACCGUGCUGAGCCCUUGCAGAGGGAUGAACGCCGUGGGGGCCGGGACGCCCCUCCCCACACGGCGCCAGACGUGCGAGAUGACCGCCGUGGGUCGCGUGACCCGCCGCCUCGUGGUGGCCCCGCUCAGGAUGACCGCCGAACGCGCGACCCUCCGCCUCAUGCUCCACAGUCGCAAGACUCGAGAGAUGAUCGCCGUACGGCUAGGGAUGCCCCGCCCCGUGGAGCACCCCCUCGUGAUCCCCCGCCCCGCGGACCGCCCCAGAAGACUCGCCGUGACGAUGAUCGUCGUGGGCCAAGGGACGCGCCAACUAAUGGGCCCUCGCGCGAUGCUGACCGUGGCGAUACUCGCCCCGACUCUCGCGCCAAUGCUCCAAAGUAUGGUCCAAAUGCGCCUCGCCAGGGUGAACCAGACCGCCCAUCAACCGCCUCUGCGCCGGCCUAUGGUCCGAACGCGCGGAACGGGUCGUCCGGGCCUGGCCCUGCAGAUGGACCGCCGCGCGCCUACGGUCCUGGAUCAGCGUCAGACGGCCGUCUGAGUGAGCCCCGUGGGCGUGGACCGCCGGGGUCCGGACGCCCUGGCCCGCCGCCUGGCCCGCCGCGAGACGACCGGGGGCCGCGCGACCGCGGUGGCCGCCGCCGAUGCUUUGAGACCCUCGCUGCCGAUCUCGCGGCGGCGCCCCCCGGCCCCGUGUACGUCCUCUUCUCGUCCACCGAGCGCAACGGCAAGAAGUGGUGUCCGGGGUGUAACGAGAUCGAGCCGGACAUUCAGCGCGUGUUCGCCAACGGGCCUCACCACGCCCUGGCGCUCUACCUCGACUUCAGCGACUUUGACGAGGGCCAGUGGCCGCAGGAGGAGUGGGCGCUGCGCGGCGUGCCGACGGUCUACCGCGUCGAGAACGGCAAGCCGACCGUCUUCCUCAUGGAAGACGCCGUGCCGUUCCCCGGCGCCCUCGACGCGCUCGUCACCCCAGACGCGGCCGCCUACGAGGCGUACCUGCAGGAGCACUCCCCGCUGUAUGUAGACACGGCGACGCGCUGGGCCUGGACCCGCGAGGACUGGGACCGCGAGGAGGCGGCCGGGAAGGCUAAUCGCGAGCGCAAGCGCCAGCGCGAGGUCGUCGUCGCGGCGCAGGCUGCCGCGCGCAAGCGUGCCGCUGAAGAGGGCGGUGGUGCGGCCAAGGAGCCGGAGACGGUGGCGUGCACGCGCACCUCUUGUGCUUAGUUUAUGAAUGUGAU